CAAGCCCUGCGAAUGUUUGGCCUUUUUCGGUGAGCCUCUUGUCUCACCCCUAAGAUGUGGAGGAUUCUGGUGAUCUGGCAGUUGGAGCUGUUGGUUUCUGCGGUAGAUCUCUUUCACGAGAGGCUGGAGGUGAAUUCUGCGGGGAGCACGGUGCCAAUCUCCCGGCCAGUCUUCCAAAAUUAUAUGCGCCGAGCGCACGAUGAGCAUCGUGAUGUGACGGCUGAAGCGAGCGACACUGAUCAGUUCAGGCUGCGCUUGGUAGCUGAUUCUGAGAGCCGCACAACGGAUUUGGCCAUCGCCACGCACUUCUGUGAUGCCACAUGGGCACCAGGUGCUCUGGCACUGGCGGCUUCAUUGAAGAAAGCCGGCAGCAAGCACAAUUUGGUGGUGAUGAUCACCAGUGAUCUUAGCAAUCGCUACCAGCGUUUGCUUGCUCACGUCUUUGACAAGGUCUAUGUGGAAGAGCCUGUGACACCACAUGCGUCCAUCACUCGCGCUGGAGCAGAUUGCGUGACGCUGCAAUUGAGAUCAUGGCAAUUGCCAUAUAAAAAGGUCUUGUACAUGGAUGCAGAUAUGAUUGCUCUGAAGAGUCACGACUCCGUGCUGGAGGAUUACGCAGAGCUCUCAGCCCGAAAAGACGCCGGCCUGGCAGCGCAGUUCAAUGGUGGCAUGUUUAUCAUUGAGCCAGCGGAGUCCAAGUUUCAAAAACUACGACGCUUGCUGAGACAAGCGCCACAGAAUGCUGGUUUUGGUGGCAUCCAGUCCUUUCUGAACCAAGCCUUUCCAGCCUGCGAGCGAGAAGAUGAUGAGGAUGUAGGAUGUUGGAAAAGCGAGCUGCCGGACGCCUACAACAAAUUUACCCGGAACGUUGAUGCCGUUGAGCUCCAGGCGGAGAAAUAUGCCAGUUUGCACUUCAGUGGCGACUGGGGAGCCAUGCGCAAGCCUUGGAUGUCUGGCUGUUUACAGUCCUCUGACUCUGUGACGCACAGCACAGACUCCACACUGCAAAGUAAGCUGCUGGGUCUUUGGAUGGAUGCAUUCCACUAUGUCUCAGUUCCUCCAGAUUUGGCAGACCUCUUGCACACAGAUUGUCCCGCUGAAGGUCCAUGAGUCUUAAAGGAGG